AUGUCGUUCACAUCAGCACCACCCAAUGACACGGCGGCCGAGUAUCUAUCUCCGAACAGCAUGUUCGAUCUCAGCAACAAGGUCGCCCUCGUAACGGGGGGAGGAACGGGCAUCGGUCUGAUGCAAGCACGAGGCUUGCGUGCUGCCGGCGCCAAGGUCUACAUUGUCGGACGCAGGGAAGACGUGGUCAAGCAGACGGCGGAAGUGCACGGCUCGGACGAACGACCGAUCAUCGCUCUCACUGCCGACGUCUCCACCAAAGAGGGCUGCCUCUCGCUCGCCGAAGAAUUCAAGAAGCAUGAGCAAAAGCUCGAUAUUCUCAUUUCCAACGCCGGACAGGUUGGCCCGCUCAACGAGGGCUCGACCACCAUCGAUGCCUCGGGCAAAUCGCAUCCGGAGCAUCGCGAGGAGCGCCUUUCGGCGGACGAGUUUGCUAGCAAGUCGCUCGAGGACAACUCACCCGAUGACUGGGACCGUCUCUUCCGCAUCAACGUCUACGCAACCUACUUCCUCAAUCUGGCGUUCCUACCGCUCCUCGCCAAGGCUUCUGAAGCCAGCAAGGGCUGGUCGGCUGCUAGCAUCACCACCGGGAGCAUCUCGGGCGUUGUCAAGCAGUCGCAGCGUCACAUCUCGUACAACGCCUCCAAGGCAGCGGUCCACCACGUCACCAAGAUGCUCGCGUAUGAAGUCGCAUCCACGACCACGGGCAAGAUCCGCAUCAACGCAGUGGCACCCGGCACAUAUGCAUCGCAGAUGACGGCGAGCGACAAGGAUGACCAGACCAACAUGUCGAGCCUCAGGGGCAAGAUGGAUGAUAUGGCGCUACCUGCGGGUCGCCCUGGCCGUGAGGAGGAUAUGGUGCAAACCGUACAGUUCCUCGCCAGCUGCCAGUACCUGAACGGCCAGGUCAUUUGCGUCGAUGGAGGCUACACUCUCACCGAGCCCUGA